CAACACAAAUAAACCCUUGCGAUCUGCUCGUUUAAUCUUGUACCUGGGGUUCAGAUGUAACACAGCUCACUAUCGAGUGAACGGGCAAUUUUUGCAUGUUUUUAUUAUUUUAUUGACCGCUGCAGUGGACUGAGGAUUUAUUUUUUUUUGCCAUGCCUAACUUACCUAAUCUCAACAGUUUUGGUAAACUGUGCGGCUCUGGUCGUAGCGAUGACUCUCUGGUUCUGGAUCGGGUGAAGCGCAAGAAUUCAGUGCGGAGAAUGUCUAUUAUUGAGGAUGGGAAUGUGGCCGAGGUGCUGUACCUCAUUCCUAAACAGUCCAUGAUGGAGCAACUGCCUUUCCUAAACCCUACUGAGUAUCUCAUCCUGGAGAAAAUGGCACCUCCUCAAAUGGAACCCGUGGCUCAUCCUCAGGAUCCACACCAUCCUCCAGGAAAGCUGGUCAUCCAGUGCUAUAAAUGUGGGGAGCCAUGCAAAGGAGAGGUUCUCCGGGUACAGUCCAAGCACUUCCAUAUAAAAUGUUUCACAUGCAAAGUGUGCGGUUGUGACCUGGCCCAGGGUGGUUUCUUCAUGAAGAAUGGAGAGUAUUUAUGCACGUUGGACUACCAGAGGCUUCAUGGCACUCGCUGUAACGGCUGUGGAGACUUUGUUGAAGGAGAGGUGGUCACCGCUCUUGGGAAGACCUACCACCCUACAUGUUUCGUCUGUACUGUUUGCAAACGGCCGUUUCCCGCUGGUGAUAGAGUCACGUUUAAUGGAAAAGACUGUCUCUGCCAGCGCUGCGUCCAGCCAACUUCGCCAACUUCCAAAGACAUCAGCGCCUCUAGUAACUGUGCUGGAUGUGGCAGGGAUAUAAAGAACGGUCAGGCUCUUCUGGCCUUGGACAGUCAGUGGCACCUCGGCUGCUUCAAGUGCAAAGCCUGUGGCAAAGUGCUGAGCGGAGAGUACAUCAGCAAGGAUGGUUCUCCGUACUGCGAAAAAGACUACCAGAUCCAUUUCGGCGUGCAGUGUGAGGCCUGUCACCAGUUUAUUACAGGGAAAGUGCUGGAGGCAGGAGACAAGCACUAUCAUCCAAGCUGUGCAAGAUGCAGCAGGUGCAAUCAGAUGUUCACGGAGGGAGAGGAGAUGUACCUACAGGGUUCAACAGUAUGGCAUCCAGACUGUAAGAACAACAGUAGAGUGGAAGAGAAGUACAGAGCAGCUUGGCAGCGUCCUAAAGGAAAAGCCAGUCCGUUUGAUAUCUUUUACCCUCAGUCUCAGAUUCAGAGCCAGGGCCCAGGUGGCUCUGGGCCGGGCCGGCAUCCCCUGGGCAGGCGUGAGCCCCUGCCGCCCUCAGUAACUUCUCUGCACCAAUCAGAAAGGCAGCCCACGAGGUCUUCGUCUGAGAGCAUCUGUUCGAGACCUGGUUCCAGCAUCCCUGGAUCUCCAGGUCACACCAUCUAUGCAAAAGUAGACAAUGAGAUUAUUGAUUACAAGGACCUAGCAGCCAUUCCCAGAGUCAAGGCCAUUUAUGACAUAGAGCGUCCAGACAUGAUAUCCUAUGAGUCUCUCCAUUCCACCUCCUCCACCCUGGAAAGACAAGGAAGGCACAGCCCUGGAGAGCCUGUCAGAGCCUCAGGUGGCAGUCCUACCAGAGGCAGAGCCACAACCCUGCCACAAGACCCCUCCUCAUUGUCAGCAGAAACAUCUCCAAGGACACUGUCUCCCACCCCAUCUGCUGAGGGUUGCUAUGACAUGAGGGAGCGAAUAAUACAAAGAUCCACCAGCCAGGGCUCCAUUGGCUCUCCAGUCUAUCACCGCCAUAACUACAUACCACCUCUAUCCAAGUCACCCCAGCACUUCCACAGACCAGGAAUGCUGAAGCUCUGCUCCUCUUUGCGCUCCAGCAACAGUGACACGCGCCCUACCUCCCCCUUUCGACAUCACUUCCUUCCCCAUAACAAAGAUUCUUUCUGCAUAGGCACUGAGCCAUCCAGUGGCCGGAGUUCUCCCCUUUCCUCUCGGCCGGCCACCCCGACCCUCUCUCUGACCCCUAAACAUUUCCACAUCCCAGACCAAGGCAUUAACAUGUAUAGAAAACCACCAAUCUACAAACAGCAUGAUUCAGCUGCCCUGGCAGCCCAAAGCAAGUCCGCUGAUGACAUCAUCAAAUCCUCCAAGUUCCCUGCCGCUCAUGCUCCUCGACCAGAAGAAACCGCAAAGAUCGAGACAGACUACUGGCCGUGCCCUCCGUCCCUCGCUGCUUUAGGUUCAGAUGGAAGGAGUCGAUCACGGGAUGAAGAGGAGGAAGAGCAACUGAAACGCAGACACCUUCAGGAAGAACACCUCAGCAAGAUCCAGUCUGGACUUGGGAAGCUUAUUCUGAAAGAGGAGAUGGAAAAGGAGAUGAACAGAGAGAGAUAUGUACGAAGUGUGGCUGCCCAGCGAUUUGAUUCCCAGUAUGCUAACUGCACCACAGACUCUCAAACCGUUAAAACUUCAUCUCUGCCUGGGUAUGGACGCAAUGGCCUCCAUCGGCCCCAAUCUACAGAACUCUCUCAAUACAACAGUUAUGGGGACGUUUGUGGAGGACAAAGAGAUUUCAAGCCCACCCAAGAUGCCCAAGAUUCCAUUACAAGAAUGGACAGGGGAAUGUCUAUGCCUAAUAUGUUGGAAUAUAAAGUGUACCCAUAUGAAAUGCUCACUGUCGCCAACAGAGGGCGUACUAAGCUCCCGAAGGAUGUGGACAGGACGAGACUGGAGCGCCACUUGGCUCCCGACACGUUCUUUGACAUUUUUGGGAUGGAGAUCCACGAAUUUGACAGACUUCCUCUUUGGAAGCGCAACGACAUGAAGAAGAAAGCCAAGCUCUUCUAACUAACAGAUUGUGCAUGUUUUUAAUUUAUCAGUCACUCAUAUGAUGUAUUAGAGCUAUAGUCCUCUGAUUUACUUUUCCUUUAUUUUUUAUGUUUUUGGUUUGCAUCCAGUUACAUGCACACAAAAAAAAGUUUUAUUUUGCUUCAAAAAAUAUUUUCCCAAAUCUAGAUAUUUUUAUCUUUAAACACGUGUUUGAAAAUGAGCAAAAUGCGGUGUACGUGACCCCUAGAUAGAGCAAGCAAGGAGAGCUGAUGGUGUGCCUGUGCUCAUUAAACCUGCCUCCAGGACCAGAGAGAUUUAUCCUCCUCCCUCCUGGUCUUCUUGUAAAACAGGACUGUAAUUUUUUUAGAUGGGGAACCGGGGGCUCUCAGCAGGGAUGGCCUUCUAAACAGGCCUUUAAGGUGGUGGGUUUUUAGGGAUCCCUGGUGCCCCCCUGCCGCUGCAGGCCUAACCAGAGCUUUGAAGUGCGUUAAAAGCGGGAAGUGAGAGCUACUGAAGAUCCUCCACCUGUGGAGCCGAGGUUCUGGAAAGCAUUAGAAACUAGAAUCGGCGUCUUCACCCACCAGCACUCUGCCGCCUUGUCACAGUCCUAUGAGGGUAUGUUUAAAAACGGCAGGUUUGGUUUGAUUAAAAUGUUCUCUGGUUUUAGUCGGCAUUUUGAUUUUGACAUCAAAUGGAUGUCAAGCAUUACAUUAAAAACAUGUCAAAAUCCAAAUCGAUAAACCGCUUGUGAUGCUCUUUUGACCACCAAAAUGACAACACAACAAGGAUUAUAAUUAGGGCUGCACAAUAUAUCAUUACAACAUCGAUAUUGCAAUGUGUGCAUUCCACAACUGUCGCAUCGCCAUGUCUGCAAAGUUGAAUUGGGAUGAUAGCUGAUAAGCAAUGAAGACUGUACAGCGUUUUAUUGAUUAAUCAAUCGCUAUACUGAAUAUCUGACCGCUCACUCUUCAAAAAACCAUAAAGCACUACUUAUUUCACUUUUAUCUUUGCUCUAUUUUAUUUAUUUAUGUUUGCAUUUUGCUUUAUUUACUCCAAGACUAUUUUAGUCAAUCUAAAUUAAUGAUUUCAUUCCAAAUACUGUAGAGCUGAAAUAGUAUUCACAUCUCAAUAUACAGUUGAAGUCAGAAUUAUUAGCCCCUCUUUGAAUUGUUUUCUUCGUUAAAUAUUUCCCAAAUGAUGUUUAACAGAACAAGAAAACUUUCACAGUAUGUCUGAUAAUUUUUUUUCACUGGAGUAAGUCUUAUUUGUUUCAUUUGGGCUAGAAUAAAAGCAGUUUUUAAUUUUUUAAAAAACGUUUUAGGGUCAACAUUAUUAACCCCUUUAAGCAAAUUGUUUUCUGAUUUUUUCACUUGAAAUGAGUAAUUAAAACUAUUAUGUUUAGAAAUGUGUUAUAAAAAUCUUCUCUCCAUUUAGCAGAAAUUAAAAAAAAUAAAUAAACAGGGGGACUAAUAAUUCAGGGGGGGGGUAAUAACUCUGGCUUCAACUCUAUAUAUAUUGCAGAAAGAUAAAAUAUUGCAAUGUCAGAUUUUUUCAAUAUUGUGUCCUAAUUAUAAUAUAACAAACAUUUUAUUAAUCCAAAAGCCUUAAUUACAAAUGACAAAAUUCACAUCCCUACAAUGCAUGUGAACUUGAUUUCAAUUUGAUGUCAUUUUGAUAUCAAGGUAGUCGAUUGACAAACAAUCAAUUUGCAUUUUUUAUGUGUUUUUAAUGUCGUUUUGACAUCAACAUGCCUGAUGGGGUGCAAUUGCUUUGUUAAUGCAAUAAAUGCAGUAAGUGUGAACACUGCCAUCUGAACCACAUUCAAAUGAACACGGUUUUGCUGAAAUAUGAAAGCAGCAUGGUACAAACACAUCUCAACAGACCAAAAACAGGACAUGAAGUAAAAAGAUUCAAAAAUAAGAUUACCAGUCUGCUCAAGCAUAUCUGAUUUUUUAUUGCAAACUUUUCAUACUGUCCAUAAAGGUUGAAUUCAAGUGUCAUAAAUGACUUUUUUAGCAAAUCUUAAUUGGUGGGUCUGAUGAAAGAUAAAUAAAAGCAGAUUUGUAUCUUUAAGAUUCAUUCUGAAAAAUGGCUGUGAGCACUAAGUGAACUCACGCUAUGGCUGUGUUUAUACUUGUAGUUUCAGUUUUCUUGGUAUGAAAUGACAUUUUUAGUCGUGGUUUGUUUGUCUUUUUUUAAAAAAGACAUUUUUCUGUCAUGUACUGUACUGUAUAUUAACAUAGAAUGGGCAACAUCAAAACUACGAUGAGGAAAGAAUGAAGAAAUUCUUAAGUAUUCCAGCCAUUUUUGGAACAUCAUGUCCUAAUUUGGUUCCCUUAGAUGUCUUUGGACCAAGCUGCUUUUUGAUUUCAGUAUGCAACAGAAUUGCUUAUCAGCGGUCUCGGUCCACUUGUUUAGUGUGAUCUAGGGAUAGAAACUUCAGAUUGAUACACUUUUUUAAAUGAACCACACUAACAAACCAAUCGCACCAGAGUUCAUUUUAACCCUUAAAUGCAUACUUUUGGUCUCUAGCAACCAGGCACAUCACUCACAUUACUUUUCACCUCAUUCUUGUUUUUCAGUUAAACCAAAAAAGUAUAAUUAGUAACGUGUAUAAUGGCUUAAAACUACAGAAUAGUUUAUAGUCAAUUAUAAGUGUCACUGGCAAUGGAUGGUGGAUCUGGUAAAUAAGCUAUCAGUAAUCAAAAUAUUAAUUUUGAAUAUAUAUUGAAUGAUCAUACAGAUAACAGUGAUAUUAAAAUCUGAUUUCAUCCUCAAAUCCCACAAGUUUUGCAUUAUUAUUCUAUUUAUCAGUAGAGUCCUAUGCCAUUGCAGCAGUUAAAUAUUCAUCUAUGUUUUGAUUAAGGUUCGGGUUGCAAAAGACCUGAUUAUGCAAUAAUGGUUGACAGAACAUUUAUCAACCCAGGCUCAUUUUGAAAAUGUAUACACAUUUCUCAAGACUGCCAAAUGCAUCCCAGGAGCUAUAUUUUUUUGUAGUUUUUGUUUUCGCGAAUACACCAGCGGCCGCAGUGUAUGCUUUUUUGAGAUCUCAAAUUUCUCUCGCCCGCUGUUCUUGCGUAAACCCACCAGAGGCCGCUGUCGACUGACUGUUUGACAGACUAAAUGACUGACCGAUUGACCGAUUGACUUCCUCCUUCCCUAAACCCAACCAAUAGUAUUGAUUGACCUGCCCACCCAUUUUCCUAAACCCAAGCAACAGUUUUCAAAAGCAAUACAGGAAAAGAAAACCCCUCUCCUGAUUUUUACCACGUUUUCAGAUUUUACCUCAUUCUCACCCAUUCUUUCCCCGUCGUCAUGGUCAACUCCUCUCUGCGUCUCAAUUCUGCCAACGUACAUGGCGAGCUCAUGGGAAAAACUGGUAACAGCGCGAAAGCCGUCCAUACGGAGUUAAGCAACUGGUAAGCAUAAAAAGAAACGGCCUCAUACCACCCUGUAGCAUUCAUUUUAAAAAUGAAAUUCAGCCAUACGUAGCUCUGGCUACAUAAUUCGUCAUCUCCAGAAACAUAUGUACGGCUACGUUUUCAGAAUGAGCCUAUAUUGACAUUUAUGCAUUUAAGGGUGACUCAAACCAAACCUAUCAACACACCCUAAAUAUUAAAUAUAUUUUUUUGGUCCCAAACAAACUAGCCAGAUGAACCAAAUUAAAAGAAUGAACACACACACAAAAACUAGCAUGUUCUCACCGUAGCCAAAGCCCAAAUCAGCAUCAGAGAUAAGUUCUUUAGUCUGUAAGUCAGAAGAGGCGGUGGUGAUUAUAAUUAUAAUUUAUAUGAAAUGGUAUUAUUUAUAAAAUUUAAUUUUAGUUCUUUUAAAAAAAAAAAAAAAGAUUAUGCUUCACCACUAGAGGUCAGCUGUGCAAUUAAAACAGACAUCGCCCUGCUCUGACCCCGCUUCCUCUGAAUCGGACAAUCCGUUUGUAAAAUUCAGAUUUUUUUCUGCAAUAUUUAUAACAGUGUUUUACUUUGAGUAAAGCAAGAAAAGCCUUUGAAAUGACUGCCUCAGAGGUGUUUCAAUACUGCCACUGUGUUGACGUGGGAUUGUCGGAGCUGUAGCCAUAGCAUUUGUGCCAGGUAUAGACUUGAUAUCAGGGCCGUAUCUCUGUCGUUUAUACUGCUGCCGAAUAAUGCUGUUCCCAUACACACUGUCUCAGCUUGCAGAUGUAUUAUGGGUUGCCGUUGGCUAUUAUUUCCAGCAGUUUCCUGUGUUACUAGCAGGGUUAAUGACAGAGAACUAGGACAUUUAACAGCAUUGUGCUUUUAUAGUAUCACAAAACAUACAAGUAUAACGAGUGUGAUUACUAGAAACAAACCUGUGUGUCACUUUAAAACAGAACGAAGAGAUGGUUUUGAUACCCCUACUGUGUACCUCACCUUUUUCUGUCUUUUUUGAGGGAAAGAUUUGAUGAAAAUGGUGUUUAAGCUCUGCUGAGUAAUAAAACUCUGCUUCAGAUCAUA